AUGGCUCGUCAAUUAUCAGUCAUUCUGGUUGCUUUGACCUUGACCACUGCCCUAGCGGAAAACUUCCCAACUCGCACAUCGGCGCCAUCUGACUGCCCCCAAGCGGAUCAGGGGUGCUGGUGCCAUAAAAACUUUGCACAAUGUUGGAGAACGUAUGACGAUUCCAGAUUAACGGAAGAAAUUGGGAGCAGGAUUACUCGAUUAGAGUUGUUGUACCAGCCAAACGAAGAAGUUGUGACCUACAUAAGACGUAUGAGCGCUUUGAGGGAAAUUAGAAUUUCAGAAGACGGAAUGAGCUUAGACUGUUCUUGUGACCUUGUAGACGCCAUGGAUGAUAAAGGGAUAACACUCGUCAACCAGGAUGAACUCGAGAUCCGUAACUGCCGCCAGCAGGGUUGGUCACGUGAUACAAUGACCGCCCGCCCUUUCCUUAUCGAUUGCCGCCGUUUUCGCAUCCAAGACGACGACAGACGUAAAAGGAGAGAUGCUGAACAGGACAGUGAUGAUGUCACUAAAAGGGCAAGUCCUCGGAAAGGCGACAAACCAGCUGGACACAAGCUCAAAGAUCUUGCUCCUAAAGACACGCAUCACCUUGUCAGCAUCGAUGAUGUCGAAAAACACCCCGCUACCGAUUUCUUCAACUUCAUCUCUGGACAUCGUCGGACUCGACGUUCAACAGGUACCAACGAGGAAGUCUCGGACGAUUCUGGACGAAGCGCUCGUAAAAAGCGUUACGGCAACAUGAACUACCCACAACCGAUGAAUCAACCAAUGGGCGGUGGUAACUACCCUGGACAACCACCGCAACAAAAUUACGCUCCUCAAGGAAUGGGUGGACCAGUAGGUGGAGGUGGCAUGGGUGGAGCAGUGGGUGCAGGAGCCAUGGGUGGUCCAGUAGGAGGAGGAGGAGGAGGCAUGGGCGGACCCGUGGGAGGAGCUAAUGGUAUUGGUGAAUCAGUUGAAGAUGAAAUGUCAGUUGAUUCUGAUUACAGUAGCUUAGGAGGUGAAACAACAAUCAGUGCAAAAGUUAUGCAGGACAUUAAGGCGGUGCUCGGUGCCACGAAGAUUGACCUACCAGUUGACAUCAACGACCCGUACGAUCUUGGACUUUUGCUACGCCAUCUCAGGCAUCAUUCGAACCUUUUAGCGAAUAUCGGUGACCCUGAGGUCAGGGAACAGGUCCUCAGUGCGAUGCAGGAGGAAGAAGAGGAAGAGGAAAAUGAUGCCGCCAAUGGUGUCAGGGAGAAUGUCUUGAACAACCUGAAUGCACCAGGCCAAGGAGGCUAUGGUGGUACUCAGGGAGGGAUGCGUGGCGGGGCAGGUGGGGGCAUGAUGGGCAAUCAAGGAAUGGGUGGACAAGGUUACAACCAGGGUUACAUGCAAGGGUAAACCUUAGGUCACAUACCGGGAAUGCAGAUCAGUCUCAAGACGUUUGCAAGAUGAAGAGGCUGCCGUCCUUUAAAAUGAAAAUCAUUAUAUG